AUGCUGCUGCCAGGUCCAGAGUCUGUCAAUGGGUGCCUGUACGGCCUCCCAUUGCUGCUGUCUCCAUCGCCACACUCUGCCAUGUGCCACUUUCAGGUCUCCUCACACUGCUGCUGGUGUGUUGAAUUUUUUUGUCAUAGGUUGCUGGCAGAUUACGGGCCUCCUAUAGCUGCUGCCAGGCCCCUAAUCUGCCAUGGGCCCCCUAUACCGCCUCCUCAUGCUGCUGCCCAGGUCCAGAGUCUCUCAUGGGUCCCUGUACGGCCUCCCAUUUGCUGCUGUCUCCAUCGCCACACACUCUGCCAUGUGCCACUUUCAGGUCUCCUCACACACUGCUGGUGUGUUCCAUUUUUUGUC